AUGUCCAGCCUCCCCUCUCUAAAGGACGUCAAGCUUGACCACGAAGGCCUAAGCAUCUGGCCUUAUAUACUUGAAGCGGAACGAGCAGUUUUGAAAGUGGCCCCGACCAAAUCUGGCGCAAAGUACAACGAUCCGCUCAUUGGCAUUCGCAUUCUGGGGUUCUUGAUACAGGAUCUCUGGCUACAUGACAAGCACUCCUUUGGCAUCACUCCAUACAAGAAUCUCAUCAAGCAAGUUAAAUCAAGCCUAUCAUUACUUGGGUAUACUGUCGGUAGCAAGGAAGAGUCUCAAGCACAGAGUCUGAGGCUCCAGGAGACGGGAUUGUACUAUCGCAAUCACCUCAUCCGCGUUUUCCGGUCCAAUGCAGGCCCGAUACCCACAUGCUCUGAUCAUCCUUCUCGCUGGUCCCUGGACGUUGUUCGAGACAGAAUUCUCAGCGAAAUAAAGACCCCAACAACAGAAGGCAGCGCUCGUGAGAAUGCACUCAUGCGCGAUGGGUAUCGUUGUAUGAUUACCGGGGCUUACGAUUACAGUUCGAUCACUCUCCACCCUGAGCUGCGAAAUCGUUUCAUUGCUCAUCCUGCAUCUGGCGUUACGCAAUGUGCCCAUAUCUUUUCGGAGACUGCGCAGGACGGCGAGCACAAGGCCGCGUACGCAGCUAGCGCAAUGGCAAUUCUCGAAGUCUUUGGCCUCAAGGACAAAGCCGAGAGCCUUGUCGGCGGCAAUGUCCAUAAAUAUUUCAACAUCCUCACCAUGCGGGCCGAAAUACACUCGCUCUUUGACCAGCUACAAUUUUGGUUAGAAGAAGUGAUCGGGGAGGAAAAUACCUACAAGAUCGUUGCUAUCGACAACCAGCUGUUCUGGGCAUUGGCAGGUCUUCAGCAAAAGCUUGAGUGUGUUACGUUCCGGAUUGAUCCUGACGUAGUGACAGCCUGCAAAGCGAAAAACAUCAAUCCCCCUUCACUCCCUUCGCCGGCUCUCCUCGCCAUACGCGCUGCGUGUUCACGUGUUGCACACAUGUCCGGCGCUGCUGAGCAUAUUGACCAGAUUAUACGUGAUUUGGAAGAUACACCUGUGAUGGCAGAGGAUGGAGGGAGCGCCCAUCUUCUAGAGUCGCGCUUGUUGCAGUUGUCGCAUCUUGUUCAUACCAAGGCUUAGCAUACACCAAGGGAGCUGUCAUGUCCUUUUCAUCAUGUCUUACUACAAUCAUUAUCAAAUAACUUUCAAUGU